AUGACAGUGGAAGAGAAAAGACCUCUCCACAGCCGAUUUCAGAGGCAUUGCGGCACUUUAUUUUGGAAGUCUUAUCUACAAAGACAUCGUCGAUGGCGUAUACUAGUAAUGGAGACAUUAUUUGCCCUCUGCCUGUACUGUGUAUCGGUAUACAUCGCCAAGCCCGUGUUCAUGACACCCAUAAAGGCGAUACCAGAGCCUCCUCUCACGUCAGCUGACAUCAUAGCGUCUCUUAACACUCAGAAUAUAUUGGGAUAUGCGCCUAACAUUCCCCCCUAUACGUAUAUUAUGAACAAGGCUGCUGGGCGAUUGGGUGUCGACACUAUGAGUGCAUCGACCGAGGAUGACCUUAACAAUAUGCUGUACAAUCGGUCCCAGGGUACUCCGAUAAGUAACCCGAUCAUCUGGGUUAUUUGGAAGCUCGAGGUUAACAGAAUGUGGAGGUUCAGCAUUCGGAGUACAGAGCGUGCUCGCUAUGCGACGAGGUCAGAAAACACGGUGUCUCAUAACCCUCACCUCAGAAGUGGGUUUCUGGCAGUCCAGCUGGCGGUCAGCGAAGCACUGUUGGAAUAUGUCAGUGUUACACCACCGUCGUAUGAGUUAAGUCUCGUAUCCAUGCCAGUAUCUCCGCUAAUGCAAGAGAACAGAGUGAGGCAGGCUAUCUCGGGGAUACUCCUUUGUUUUACGCUCGCGAUGCUGCCACCCGUUUUGGAAACUCAAGCCCUCGUUGUGAAGGAGACUAUCAACAGAUUUAAGCGCGCCCUCCGCCUCCGUAACGUGGACUACUCGUCCAUGUAUCUCGGCUGGCUGGUGUACGCCUACCUCACCGUGCUGCCGGUCUGCCUGCUCGGUAGCACGUGCCUGCUGCUGAUUUUUAGAUGGAUACAUUUGCUGUACAGCUUCAUCAUCCUGCUGGCGUAUGUCUCCGUCAUGAUUAUGCUGGCUUUGAUCAUGUCCAUGUUUCAUGACACAGCAUGGGUGGCUAUCGUAUGGACGACACUGUUCACGCUAAUGCAGACGUUCGUAGCUGAGCUGAUCAUCCACCACCAAAUAGACUCGGCGCAUCCGGCCCUCACGUUCCUCCUGCACGUCAUCAUACCGCCUCUGGGGCUGCAGCACGCCAUGAAUGAAUUCGCCUUGCUGCAGACUGGACAGGAAUGCCAUGCGGAGGGGCAGUCGAUGAUAUUUACGACAUUUUUCUGGCUUUUCAUGAUAGCCGCGUAUUUCAGUGUGUUGAUGUUGUUGCAACGGACAGUGAAACAGAUAGCCAUAGGUGGCGAAGUCUCGUGGAAGUCGGUCCUCUUCAAGAAAAUUGAGGACAUCAAUAUGCUGCAUAGAAUAGAGAACCCGACAGGCCGAGAACGAGACAAACUACAAGAGGUGGACGAAUUAGUAGCAAAGGCUAUAAGUAUGCGGAAUGUGUCCAAGAGUAUCAUGGAUCGUCCGGUUCUUAAUAAUAUCACGUUGGAUAUUUACCGAGGCGAGUUUACCAUUUUGCACGCGGAACUUAUACAAGUUAAAAUGAUGACCACAUUCGAGGAUCUCAUCACGGGAUUGACUCUUCCCGACAAAGGCAGUAUUAACAUCCUCGGCGAAGAACUAAGACCUGGACUGAAUCUAAUGUCAAUGCAGACGAUGAUGGGCUACUGCCACCGGAGUGAAUUUCUCAUUGACGAUUUGACGGUGGAAGAGCAUUUCAUAUUAUUUGUUUCUCUUUGCCUUUGGAACGAAACAAGCCAAUACGUGUCGGAGUAUGGACAUUUGAGGUCUAAAUAUCUCCUCAAAGAGUGCAACUUGGAGGGAGUCAAACGGGAGUACAUACGGAACUUGGAUGGAUAUUACAAGGGCCAGUUGUGUUGGGCGAUUGCCAUGCUUUUGGAACCUCGGAUAAUAAUCAUACCUCAUUUCACUGGGAAUCCGCAUUACACGGCGGUAAUUAAAGAUAAAAUUAUGCAAUACAGAAAAUACAUCACUUUGAUAAAAGUGAGUUAUGCUAGCGUGUAUAUGGAGUACGCAGAUCGCGUGUUUAUUUUUGACAACAGAUCGUUGGUUUUUGGCGGCACUCCCGCUUUUAUGUUUUUCAAAUAUGGUCGUGAAUACAGACUUAGAAUAACAUUUAGAAAUAAUCGAUACACCGAAGGGAAGGAUGAGUUACUAGAUAAAGCAUCAGAAGUGGGAGCCACUGUGAGGGCCCAUUUGGGCACCUUACUGAUAUUACGAGUCCCGACCAGACCGACAGCGAAAGUGGCAGAUUUUGUUAAAACCAUGAAUGAUAAUGCGUCUAAAUACGGCAUUCUAUCGAUUUCUAUCAGUAUUGCUGAUUCUGAAGAAGUGUUGUCAGCACUGAUAGCUGGGGUGUUCAUUGGUCUAUCGCUGUCGCAAGUUCUAACUGAUAUAGAACACGAUCGAGUUGCUAAGAAGAUUCUACACGGUGAGAUUUUAACAGUUGAAGCUUUAGAACAGAAAACGACAUUGGUGUUACAAUCCGACAAUUCAAGCGCCGCUCAGUCGAUAGCCAAUGCAUACGUGUUAUCUGAAACAAACGCAACGGAAAAAGAAAUUGAAAACAUGGCAUACACCGCCCUACAACAUACAGAAAGCAUCACCGAAUAUUUGGUAACUAGAGCUAUAGACUCUCCCCAGCAUUACGUAUAUAUGUUCGCCUAUGGUAUGGAAGUAUCGUCUAUUAAUGACAUAAUCUCGAUUAAAGUGUUAUACAGUCCAAUCCAUUACGACCAUGGAGCAGCAGCGCGAUCCUUAGCUCGUGUAUACAUGGCGUUGAUAAGACAUUACACCGUGUCUCUGGACGCCACUAUCCAGGUUACUGAUGACCCACUGGCGUUGGAUCUUACACCUUGGGUGAAAUAUGCAGAACACCCACCCAUUUUCAUACAAUUCCUGCUGAUUUUAACAAUAUCACACAUGAUUCUGAUACCGUCUCUGGAGAGCGGGUUUAUAAGACAUACACAGUGCUACACCAUAAAUUUCUCUCCUCUACGCUACUGGUUCUCCAUGUUCAUAUGUGAUCUCAUACUCUAUUGGAUGCUUGUAGCCGUUAUGUCUGGGGCGAUCGUUGGAAUCAUGACUUUAGUAGCUCCCUUCUAUUUCGGCGUGUCUGAUAUAGCAAUAAUAACAGUGAUAUUGGCGGUAUACGGAUUCGGUUGUAUACCUCAAGCCUAUCUAUUUAGCUUAGGCCCACGGGCCGCGCUGAAUUCGAUGAUUUUCAUCAUGGUUAAUAUCGUAUUUGGUGAAACUACGGUAUUAGCUAAAUUGUUUUACGGCAAUGCCCUUGAUUAUGCCCUAAAUUUCCUUAGUUUUUCACCGCAAUUCAAUAUGGCGUACGCAUUAAUUAAGAUUAAGAAAAUAUUUCUAUAUAAUAGCGAAUGCAAUAUAUUCAAACGGCGGAAUCUCUGUUCGUCGAAAACUCUACACAAGUGCUGUCCGAAAUGCGGCGUCCUGCAGCAAUGUUUCUCAAAGCAGUAUUACCUUCUCAACGCGCCAGGAGUCCGCAUGGAGAUAUUUGCGAUGUUUUCUAUAGCUAUUAUUUUCGCAACCAUUCUGCUCACUUGGGAAUACAAAUACAUUCAAAGGUUCUGCUCUUACGUCAUUUGCAAAUGGAUAUACAUCGACAAAAAGGAAACCAGUGUUGAAACAUUGGGCGUGAUACAAGAAAAGGCUGACGUGGUGAACAAAACUAUUGAAAUGAGAUCUAAAACAUCAAUCAAAAGGGACACUUUUGGAGAAUAUCUACUCGCAUCCAAUAUGUCCCAACGUCACUACGGGAAGUAUGUCAUCCGACAUAUUAAUUUCGGGAUUGGCAGGGGUGAAGUUUUGGCUCUAUCUGGUCUACUUCAUCACGGAAGACUGAAGCUGUGCGAGCUGCUUGCAGGUUUAAAAUUGCCCAACGAAGGUCGCCUAUGGAGCAUGUCAAAAUGGAGUUUGGAUAGAAAUCCAUACCAGUAUAGUCGACAAAUAAGUCUAAGUUGUCGGCACAACCCUGUGCCCCACUGGAUGACUGUGUACGACGCGCUUGCUCUCAUAGCAGUGCUUCGUGGAGUGCCAAGAUCGGAUGUCAGAAAGGAGAUCAGCAAUUAUAUUGAUGCUCUUGAACUGCAUAAUUUCACAUACAAGCUUAUUCAGUACUUGGAGCCCAACGAACAAACGCGCAUUCAUUUCGCCGCGGCGGUGAUUGGAUCUCCACCGGUUAUAAUCCUCGAUGAGUGCACCGCAUAUCAGAAAUACUCUGUGCAGCGCGCUAUGUACUCGAUCAUCCAUAAUUUGAGAAAACGCGGGCAUGCUAUAUUUAUUUCUUCUAGCAGUGUUGAAAGCCACAUGCCGGUCACGAACCGCUUGGCAAUAUUUGUAAAUGGCCGCAUCUACGACAUCGACUACGUGGACAAUCUAGUAACGCGCUACAGUGAUAAAGGGUAUACCGUUGUGGUACAUCUAAAGAAUGAUAUCGAUAUCGAGAGAAUGUUCUCGAACUAUUUCAAGACGUUUGUUAUCAACGAUGUUACUGAGGUGCUCGCUAACGUUCAAGUUUUAGAUGCCGAUUUGACCUGGGCAACGAUUUUCGAAAAGAUGGAAAAGCUUCAAGCUGAAAACCAUAAUGUGUAUUCGUACGUUGUAUCGUCUGUACCUAUAGACUACAUAUACAAUAGCAUAUUAAGCAGUGAAUCUGGCCAGGUGGAUGAUGUGGAACCAAAGUCUAUUUUUACAAAAUAUUUGUGUCAAUCAAAGCCGAAGAAAAGACCAAAUAAACAUGCCCUGGCGAAAUUAAGACCGUUUGAAAAGAAAUACUCCAUAACCAAGCUUAAAGAGUUGCCAUGGUCUGUUAUUUUCCACAGAUAAAAUAUUAGAUGAAGAAGC